AUGUCGGGUUCCCCUCAGGGUCUGGGGACGAGCUCCAACUCGAGCUCCAAUGAGUCCCCGCAACCUUCUUCUUCUCUGAAUCCUUUCAACAGCCCGCCUCAAGCUCAGCAAGGACAGUCGGGAAAGCUUCUCACUCCGCCAUUGCUCCAUCCUGCCUCCGCGACCCCACUGGCCAAGAAAGAGAAGAAGAGGGUCGGUUUUCACGGUGACGACCAGCCUCAGCUAUCUCAACCAGUGACCCGGCCACCCAGCAUCGUCAUAGAAGACGACUACUUCGCUCAGAAUAUGUCUCCCGAAGCUAACCCCUUCGACACACCGCGCCACGAUGCUGAUUCUACCCCAGCCGGCGCACCCGAUGCCGGUGAGCUGCGCCGUGCCCUUACCCAGGUUCUCAUAUUGGAAAACCAAGACAGCAGUCGUCCCGAGAUACCUGCCCGGCCCCGCCCCGUGCUGCGCCGAAACACCAGCUAUGACGAUCCCCAGGAGAGGGAAAAGGCAGACCUAGCUGAGCGGACCGCCGGCGAGCGCCAGCAGCGUUCCGGCCUCGAGGCUCGCCAGCGAGCCAACCUGCUGGCCGUCAGCGUCGAGAACUACGCCUCGCCGGACCGUCGCAGCUCAGUCGAUAGCGGCGUCACCAACCCCUUUAGCGAUGAUGAGGAAGCCGACAGGGUUACCGGCUUGAGUACGGGAGUGGAUGGUGCAGACGACCGCCGCAACGUUCGGUCUCGUCCCAAGAGGAACUCCCAAACGGAUGCCGAGGACCUCGUCCGAUCGCACACAAAGCGUGCGAAGAAGAACGUGCGCGGGCCGAACGAUUACUUCAAAUAUCAGCCACCACCCGGCGUCCGCUCUGGGACAGUAACCCCCACCUUGGAGCAGUCUUACGCCCAUGACUACGUCCCCCCACCCAAACAAUACCAAGGCGGUAUCCUUUCCUCCCUUCUCAAGCUGUACAAUGAGAAUGGCAGCGGGAGCAACAGUGGACGGAACACGCCGGGAUCCAACACCCCGGCCACCGCAACCCCUAGCCACUCUCCGCCCGGCUCCCAGCCGGCCUCUGCACCCCCUUCGGCCCCUGGCUCGCCUCGGCCCUCGCGCCCCAACAGUGGUUUGUUCAACUACCACAAGAAGCAGGGUUCUCGUUCCUCCAUGGCCCUGGCCGAGCUUAUGAAGUCGUCGUCGGCCAUGGCCGGUCCCGCCUCGAGCGUCUUCAGCCAGGGAUUCACGGAGAAGCUCAAGCAGGAGCCCCCGUCCAGGCCAAAGAAGAAGAAGUCCAGCGUGUGGGGUGGCUCGUCGCCCAGGUCAUCCAAGUCUGCCAAGACUGAAGAUAAGAUCCGAAUCACCAAGCACAUUGCACAGAUCUUGUCGCGGCAUAAGUAUCUUGUCAAGCUUUGCAGGGCGCUGAUGAUGUAUGGUGCUCCGACGCAUAGACUCGAGGAGUACAUGAAGAUGUCGGCGCGCGUACUCGAGAUUGAGGGCCAGUUUCUUUACAUCCCUGGCUGCAUGAUCAUUAGCUUCGACGACAGCGCAACGCACACAACCGAGGUCAAGAUUGUUCGUUCGGCGCACGGCGUCGACCUGGGCAAGCUGCGCGACGUACACGACAUCUAUAAGCAGGUUGUUCACGAUCUCAUCAGCGUCGACGAGGCCACCGUCAUGCUCGAAAACAUCACGAGCCGCAAGCUGAAGUUUGGCAACUGGACGCGUGUCCCAAUCUACGGACUCGCCAGUGCCUGCGUUGCCCCUUUCGCCUUCCAGGGUCGCUUCAUCGAUCUGCCCAUUGCCUUCAUCCUGGGCUGCCUCCUCGGCUGGAUGCAGCUCAUUCUCGCACCGAGCAACGAGUUGUAUGCCAACGUCUUUGAGAUUACAGCUGCCAUCGUCACUUCCUUCUUGGCACGCGCUUUCGGUUCAAUCCACGGUGGCCAACUGUUUUGCUUUUCUGCCCUGGCGCAAAGCUCUAUUGCUCUCAUUCUACCCGGUUACAUGGUCCUCUGCAGCAGUUUGGAGUUGCAGAGCCAUAACCUGGUGGCUGGGAGUGUCCGUAUGGUCUACGCCAUGAUUUACACCCUCUUCCUCGGAUACGGCACGACGAUCGGCACCGCUCUCUACGGCGUCUUGGACAAGCACGCGGAAUCACGAACCAGCUGUGAAAACCCGCUCGAUCGGAAGUGGUACCUGCUGUUCGUGCCGGCUUUCACCCUCUGCCUUUGCAUCAUUAACCAGGCAAAGUGGAAGCAGACGCCGGUCAUGGUCACCAUCUCACUUGCCGGGUUUCUCGUUAACAGCUACUCGUCCGACUUCUUCGUGGGAAACGCCCAGAUCUCAAACAUGCUUGGCGCACUCACGGUCGGGCUGCUAGCUAACCUCUACUCCCGACUGGGUCGCCACGCCCACAACUACUUCCUUGACUUCCUUGACUGGUGGGAUCUCAAGAUGGCCCCACGCUUCGUCAGCGCGAGCCGACGUCGUAAUGAGCGCCCUCGCCCGGACAUGUAUCAAAUGUCCGGCCAGACCGGCGCUCGUGCCGGUCCCGAGGGCGUUCACACCCCGGGUGGAAACACACCCGAAACGGCACCCACCUCACCAGUCGUCGAAAGGUUCUCCGAGAAGGACAAGGCGCAAGGGGUCGUCCCCGAGCGACAGCGGACUGUGGGCUACGGGCUUGCUGCGGCGGCCAUGCUGCCUGCGAUAUUCGUGCAGGUACCUAGUGGUCUUGCGGCUGGCGGGUCGCUCCUGGCUGGUGUGACGUCGGCGGACCAGAUCACAAACAACAACGGCACUGCGACGCCGCCGCCCAGUACCUCUUCGGAAUUCAACAACUCGGCUUUCGCCGUUCUCCUCAGCGUCAUUCAGGUCGCCAUCGGCAUCACUGUCGGAUUGUUCCUGAGUGCCCUGAUAGUAUACCCGCUGGGCAAGCGUAGGAGUGGCUUGCUCAGCUUCUAG